GGUUAGCAAAUGUGUGUCACCAAACGCAGAAAUCUCUUAAGAACUUUGGUGAAUUAUUAUUGUCAAUAAUGACACUUUCAUUGUUAUCCACGCACUCUGUUGAAGGAGAGUUUUAAUGCUUGUUUAUAGCGGUUUCUGAAUUUGUUAACCAGACGGCUUUUAUCGCUGUAAGCUGCAGACGUCAACUGACUGGAAACCGCGCAGUCGUGCAACACACGCGCGUGUAUAUUCGACGGAACAAAGUCAUAAUACAGGAUUGCGACGUUAUUCCGAUGUGUACUGUGUACUUAUUUUACGGUAAUGUCCAAAAUCACCUGUAUCAACUGUUAUUAACGUCAUUCCAUGGCAGCGAACACGAUGCGUAGCCCUGGAAAUCAGAAAGGUAAUAUAAAGUGUGAUUACACUGUGCAAGAAUCCGUAAGUUGUCGUUGGUGAUAUAUAAAGUGUGAUUACAAUGUGCAAGAAAACGAGCAAGUCCGUAAGUCGUGGAAUUUAGUGCAUACCUUGAUCAUUGUCGCAUUUUUUUUCUGUGGUACAUUACUUUUGAGAUCAUUCCUGAUCAUCAUCGUAUUCAACUUUAUCAUCGUGAAUAUUAACAUCGACAACAUCAACAUCGACGCCUUCAUCAUCGGCAUUAUCGUCGUCAUUGUUGAAUUCAUUAACAUUAACAUAUGUUUGUGUUACUCCAGGGAGAUUUUUAUUCUGACGCGGACGAUACAGUCGUGACAUGGCAGUAUCUUGACAGUUUACGUGUGUUGUUCACAACUUCCUAAAGGACCUCGACAGAUGAAGUUUCAACAAAACACCCACAGUGUAUCCGUGAAAAUCAUCGGACGUCAUUAUUUUAACAGUGAAAGCAUAUUAACUGUUUGGACUACAGAACAAAACCCCAAAGGAAAGAAUCGCUGAUUCACUUAAACACAAAUUACGAUUCUUCUAUCAUAUGACUCGGCAAGACCGCUGGUAGACGCCGUGUGAACAUUGCGGAACUGGUAUCACUAUAUUUGUUCGCUUUGCAAAUGAAACAAAUGUCAACAAUAUUUCCUCGUUACAUGAUGGAUUUAUAGUUUUUCGCAAUACAGGUUUCAGCCAACUGCAUAGACAAUUGCAGUAAGUGAAUUUGUAAAUGGAAGUGUUAUUGAUUGUAAGCGAUAACGGAAGCCAAUAUUUGUUUUAACAACUCAAAAUGGAAAUCAAAAGACAAAAACAGUAUCCAGCUAAGUGAAUAAACAGACACCACCAGAGGGAGAAACAGGUUCAGUUGGAUAAAUCGUCUAACAAAGUAUCGACAGAGAAAUGUCGUUUUCUACACCAGGAUCGAAAAUAUCGUCUUUGAAAAGACACAGUCUCGCCAACGUGGACAUCGGCUCUCGUCUGCUGGGAGGAAGGCGGGGAUCGAAUCUGUCGACUUUUGGAAUCACCUCGCCAUCAGACGCCGCUAACAAACAUGAACAACUUGAGAGUAUCCAAGUCGCUGUAGUUCAGCUGUUUCAGAAGAAGAAACUCAAAGAGAACGAACUAGGAUCCCUACAAGAGACUGUUCGUUAUCUUUCCGAAACGGAAAUGGGGUCACUUAUUUAUGAUUAUUACAAGGAUCAGUUGUUAAAAAAAGGAAUGGUUAUUCUUCGAGAGAAUAUCAAAAACGAAAGAGGCGCUGAUCUGUUACAAAUGCUGGGAGAAACCUGGAAUUAUUUCUUCAAGGAAAUCCUGCCCGUCUUGCAAUCCAUGUUAUAUCCACUUCCGACUCACGAUGUAUCAAUCCGCGACGUGACUCUAUUAGGAUUCAGAAAUAUAGUUCUACUAAAAGUGAGCAUCGAAGAUGCAAUAGAACACAACAGGAACGAGACUCCUCCGCCUAUAAAACAGAUGCUCUUGGUCUUACAGGGUGUCCCGGAUCUAUUUCCCGGUGAAAACUAUUUUAAGUUGGAGAAGAUGAUAGCGAGAGUUGUCGUCCCUUAUCUCGGUCUGCGUGGGCUGUACUUGGGACAUCCGGAACCAUCAAUCAAAGCAAAGUCGCGAAUGACUCCCAAAGUUAUAAUUACAGCGGAUUCGACAGAAGAAGAUAAAAAUGACUUUAAUUCCUUCCCCAGUAGUGUGCAAACAUGGUCACCUUCGGCAGCAAAACGUCUUUCCGGCCGACUGGCGACCGCUCUUGCGGGAAACAAGAAACUGGCACCAGUCGUGGAGAAUGUGUUAACUUGUGAAGCGGGACACAGACGACACAGUAUUAUAUCUUAAAGGUGCUAUCUCACGAUAAAACAGCUAUACCUUGUUCCAGCCAACAUUUUAACAUAGUUAAUGCUGAUUCUGGGCUUCUACUGAUCUGAAGAAUUUGACAGCCUAAGGCCCAAAGACACGAAGCUGGGUCUGACGAGUAUGGUGUAUUUUGACAUCUGGGUCUGUAGCUGUAACGUGUAUAUUAAUGAGUUCAUAUAUUUAGAUAAAAUUUACUUUUAUAAACACCAAAAAUAAGCAUAAGAAAUCAACAUUGAUUAAUAAAUACCUUUCCUGUUGUUUAUUAGAAGAAUGAAAGAGGAAGGUUCGAAUAUUGUGUAGCUGUCAGUCUGGCACUGAGGAAAACAUAGCGCAUGUUCUAUGUCGUCUGUUGCCAGAUCUGUAGUUCGUGCCAGCACAGACGCGGUGUGUUUUGUCACAUUUGAUUUAUAGUGCGUUUCAUUUUCGACUAGUACCAUACUCGCCAGACCCAGACCCAGACCCAGCUUCAAAUGUUUUAUUUCAUUGCUGUUUUGAAAACUGAAAAAUAGAUUUCGAUCUAUAAGUAUCAACAGUUUACUAGUAUUAUUUGUGGUGAGCAAUGAAUGGAAACGAGGAUGUAUUUGUGUGAUAUUGAAGCCUUCAGUGUAAACACCAAGUGACUUUAUUAUCAUGAAAUAUACUGAGGACUACUGUACAGCACACACGUCAUUUUCAUAAUCAUGUGUGUAUAUGACUAUAAUAUAUACUGACAUCCAAAAGAAAAUAUACGAAUAUUCCGAGACUAUGGAAGACAAACCAAAAUAUGUUGCAUGUAUAAAACAUAUUCGUGAGAGUGGUGUUUUGGCAUGUUGGGAAAAAAAUUUCAUUCCAUAAAAGAAGAAACAUUUAACCACCAUUUUAUUUCAAUUAUCCAUCUUAUAAAGGAAAUUAAAUAAUUUAUUGUUGAUUGGUAUAGUUUCUCUUGGACGUCAAUAUAUAUGCUCACAUCGGUCUCGCCUUGUCUUGCCUUGUACCCGAUGUUGAACUACAGGCACAUAUUUAAGUUUGAAUUUGCAUUUUGUUUUGCAGGCUUUACCAUUGUUUUUAAAUAUUGUUUGCUUCUUGUUUUUGUUUUGUGUUUCUUGUGUGUGUAUAUAUAUAUAUAUAUAUAUAUAUAUAUAUAUAUAUAUAU